CUUCUGUCAUCCGGGCCGGCACUUCCCGUUCCCGGUUUCGAAGGCUUCCCACUCCAUAAAGUCCUCCGAGCUCCGCCCUCUAUCCCGUUUUCUCGCUGUCGCCGGUCAUCGAGACCAGCUGGUUGCCGCCCAAUAUGGCUACCUUCUUCCAAAGUUUCCGGAGCUCUACCAUGCCAAAGCGGCUGCUCCGCUAUGCCCUUUCCCGGCUGGAGCUCCUCGAAGAUGAGACCCUCGAUCUCGACAACCUGGACUUCGCCCUGGGUCGGAAUACAACGUUUGAAUUCAGGGAUGUUGGAGUGCGCUUGAAGAAACUCGAACAGAUGCUCAAGCUACCACCUUCCUUCAAACUGCAACGAGCCAAAGUCCUGAGGCUGAAUGUCACGAUUCCCAUGGAUUUCUACACAAGUCCCAUCAUUGUCGAAGUUGAUGGCGUCGAUAUUCGCUUGAAAAUGUCCGGGCGGAACGAGGAAAAGGGGAAAAAUACUAGCAAAACACGCCGCCGGGCCGACGUCGUCCCUCACACCUUCGAUCUUGCUGCUUCGUUUCUUGAGACUCAACCUCCGGAUGAGAAGAAGAGAUUGCAAGACGCGUUGGAGGCCGAGACACAAGAUUUUGGAGCUUCAGUUUCCCUGAGCGAUAGCGCGAUUAGUGAAGAGGACGAGUCUGGCUUCGGCACGGGAGAGCCCCUCUCGCUUCCCGCUUUUCUCGCCGACUUCCUCCAAGGCAUCGUCGACCGUACCCAGGUCCAUAUUCAGGGCGUCACUUUCCAGCUAGAUGUUGAAGUCCCCCUGGAAGCCAGCCCGACCGCUACUGAUAUCGUCACUUUCCAGAUUGCGCUCGACCGUAUAGACGUUGAGGGCGUCACGACCGAAGUGAGCGAUGGCUCUGGCGAGUCCCUGAUCCAACCCAAGGAGGGAAAGCGCAACAUUGCCCUUUCGCAAGUGCGGGCGUUCCUCAUCUCCGAAGCUAACGUCUUUUCGAUCUUCUCCCGGUCACCGUCCGUGUCUUCUCCUGUUGUAUCGCAGACGUCCUCCUUUUCUGAGCCUGUCCCCGCGUCUCCUAGUCCUACAGCCGAAUCAUCAACACCCAUUAUACCCCACCUCCAUGAUAGUCGGCUUGACGAUUCGGUCCACCUCAACGAGAUUGACGAAGCACUCCUGCACGACAGCGAAGCUGCCUUGCAAAUCCCGUACGAACUGGACGAUGAUCCUGAGCAGGAGGAAGAGAACGGCAAUACCCCUCGGGCGUCAUUACACCAAGAAUCUUUCCCCUUCCCGGGGAUCCCGUUUCGCUCGAAUGACUUGUCUGGUGAGGUUCACGAAUCUCCUUGGGUGCAUUCCGAACUCCCGGUACAACCGACAUCGCAGCCCUCUUUCGACCUGCUUCAAGAGGAAGCAGAAGAGACUCCCCUGCCUGAAUCCGGGACCCUUUGGGCCUCCCAGUGCUCUCCCACGGGCUGUCAGAGUCCAGAACUCAAGGCCGACGACGACCUGGCCCAGUCUCACCUUUUCACUCACGAGGAAGCUGAGAGCAUGUACAUGAGCGCCUUCUCCCACACGAAUUCCGAACACCUGCCCUCGCAGGCGCCGGGAGAGUGGCACUCGCAGCUUGAACCAUCUCCCUCGUCUCUCAAUGCGACCACGGAAUCACGGCAGCCGUCUUCACCUACAAAGCCAAUCUCUAUGGAGAGUGAGUUCAUGCACCAAGGAACGGACGAUAGCAGUUCGUUUUUACCCACAACAGAAGCCUCGCAUCCGACUUCGCCUCCACAAGCCGAACAUGAGGAAUCCGACGAGGAAUCAGCGCAGCCACAACCAAUACCUGAGGCUAGUGAGGACAACGCUGUUGAGCCGUCCCAGGAUGAUGUGGCAACUCCUCGCGGUCCAACUAGACUCGCCAAGGAGAUCAUCGCACUGGAUCGUAUUUCGAUUUAUAUUCCAUCCCGCCACAAACAUCUCCACGUGCAGCCAGCGAUAGCAGCGUCAGCGGCGCAAUCUACGAUGUCCUCAGCGAGGAGCGUUAACUCCGCUGCGGCAGCCAUGCCAGGGGCGUUUUCGACCUACCCUACGUCUCCAAGAUUGGAGGCGAGCAUCCCUCCUCAACCCAAGCCUGCUCAGCCCACUGAGCCACAAGCCGAUGAUGCGCUUGAAGUGUUUCUGUCGCCUCUGGAAAUUCGCUUUGAUGCGUCCCUUGGUUUCCUUCUUGCCACCGUGGUCGGAAAACUGCUGGAGGCCAUAAACGGGGCCAUUGAAGCGAGCGCAGAAGCGGGCGAGGCGACAACACAGGGCCAGCAACACCAGCCGAAGGACCAGUCAAGCGACGGCCAGCUACCAGCCAUCAGGGUUUGCCUUGAAAGAAUUUCUCUCCUCUUCCUCAACCAGCUAAGAGGUGUGGCUGAUACAGCCGAGAGGAUGAUGAGCUCUUCUGGUAUGCACCACCUUCAACCGGAAAUUCUCCUUCAAACAGUUCUGGAAAACGUCUCCAUCUGUUCCAAGACUCAGGGAGCGACGAGGGAAACAAAGGUCGACCUUGGGAGGUUCAAGUUUGGUUAUGCCAACGACGACAUUGUCUGCUUCGAUCAAAGUCUACAGAUGCGAGCAUCUGUGAGAGACGAGUUCCCUUCGGCCGGAGCUGACGUUUCGGUACUGGUAACCAAGUCCUCCGACUCCACGAGAACGAAAGUUACGACAUUACCUCUGCUAGUGCAACUCGACCUACAACGACUGGAUGAGACAUUCAGUUGGUUUGGGGGUCUGAGCAGCUUCCUGAACGUAAGCUCAUCGAUGGCGUCGAGCCCUUCGUCAUCCAUUAAGAACCCGGUUCAGGUGGUUCAGGUUCAACAGCAUCAGAAGCCAAGGGGUGUUCGUUUCCAAACGCCAAUCAACCCCAACGACAAAUCAGCGGCUUCCGAGAACAAAGUGGACAUGCGAAUUGGGGGGUUCAAUCUAAAACUCAACGGGAAAGAUUGCAGCGCUGCGCUAGAGACAAGUGCCGUUAAGAUGAUCAGCAGGGAUACGGUUAUUGUCUUUUCCACCAGCAAGGCACGUCUGGCCGGUCCUUUCUUGAGAAACUCUAGGGCGGGCCCUCCGAUCGUCGCGGAGAUGGACGCGAUUCGCUUCGACUUUCAGAACCACCCCAUGGGCAAGGACCUGGAGCGCCUGCUCGAACUCAUUACGCCAUCCAAAGCCAAAUUCGACGAGGGGGACGACGAGAUCAUGGUUGACACCCUGCUGCGGCAGAGGCGUAAGGGCGCAGUUCUCCUCGUCUCCCUAGGUCGGCUCAAUGUCAAGGUCAGCCGCAUGGAACAGCUUGGCUGUUUAUCUACUCUGGGAGAAGAAGUGUCGCGUCUUUCAACGGUCGCCAAGUACCUGCCCGAGGAUGACCGCCCAGGCCUACUCACUCUGGGCAACAUUGGCGUCGCUCAUGCUUCCCUUGACUUUGGGGGCAAGGUCGGCACUUUCUAUGCCGGUUUAAAGGAGUUGGAUGUCGCUCACAUCACUUUCCCUUCGCUGGUGGCUCUUGGUGUUAGUCAUGUUUCCCUGAAUAGGAACGAGCGCGAAGACCUCAUCAGCUCUCCUGAUCCGUCGAGCCUGGGAGCGUCAUCCCAGGGUCCUGUGGUGAUGAUGCGCAUGGUCGGCGACGAGAUGGAGCCUGCCAUCAAGGUCAGGAUGCGAGACGUUACCUUCGAAUACCGCGUGCCAACUGUGAUGGACGUGCUGGGCCUCGCGGCUGAUGCCACACCCCAGGACUUCGAGGCUACUUUAGCCGCUUCCGUGGCCAAUCUUGGCGAACAAGCGCACCUUGCACUUCACAAGAAGCGGUCUCCAAUCUCCCGGCCGGGUGAAUUGAAGCAAUCGCACAACAAGCCAACGAAGGUUGACGUGGUCUUCAGACACUGUUUUGUCGGGCUGAACCCGCUCGACCGCAUGUCGAAGCUUGUCAUUGCUUUGACCGAUGCCCGCUUUGAGGUCGGUCUCCCCAAGGAUGUGGACACAGCGGCGACGUUUCACAUCAACAAGGCCUCGCUGCUUCUCACGGAUGAUGUGUCGAAAAUGCCGGACCAGGACGGGCAGCGCGCGCUUCGUCGCAAUCCCCAGGACAGAUCGUCACAAUGGACCUUUGAGCUCAUGUCUCGAGGAUUCGUCAACAUUUGCUACAUUUCAGCCGCCAAGGUCAAUGUCAAGGUCAUAGGCAACGGUGAGGAUGGCGAAAAGCAAGUCGACAUCGAACUCCGCGAUAAUCUCUUGAUUCUCGAAACGUGCGCGGACUCGACCCAGACUCUCAUAUCCCUGGCCAAUGCGUUGACCCCGCCUACGCCGCCGAGCAAGGAGGCCAAAUACAGGACGGAGGUCGUGCCUGUCCAAGAUCUGCUGGCCUCCAUUUCGAACGAGGCUUUUGGCAGAGCGGAAGGUGUCUACGACUUUGAUGCGGACUUCCCUUUGGUCGAGGCGGUUGGAAGUGACGACGAUUUCGAUUUCCCCACGGGCUCUGGUACCCUGCCGGCGACGUCUCAGCAUCAUGUGGAUACGUCGACAGCCGAGCCACUAUUUGAUGCCGGCAACCCACUCAUGUCUGGUAGUCUCGGUGACUCUGCCGCCGGGAGAGGGAAGGGUGCUGAAGGUUUGGGAGCCAACCUUCAUAGUAGCACAUCGGACGUCUCAGAUACAACCAGCGAACUGGUGAUGGACGAAGACUACUUCACCAAGAAACCAGAUUUGGACUCGUUUGCGUGGGUAUGGAAUUCGACCAACAACUGCUAUGACAGAGCAACGCCUGACCUGGUCAAGCGGAGUCCCGUACGGGUGUCGGUCCGCGAUGUUCAUGUUAUCUGGAACCUGUUUGAUGGUUUCGACUGGGACCGGACGCGCAAUGAAAUUACAAAGACGGUCGAGAAAGUCGAGCACAAAGCAAUGGAACGCCGAAAUGCGGUCAACGAAGAAGAGGACGAGGUGGACGUGAUCGGCGACUACCUGUUCAACUCGAUUUACAUUGGCAUCCCGGCGAAUCGCGACCCCCGCGAGCUGGCUCAGAUGAUUAACGACGAUCUGAACGACGGCGCCACAUUCACUGAAACGGAGUCGAUAGCCACGACGGCCGUCACAGCGACGGGCGGUCGCGGCGGACCCAAAAAGAAGAGGAAGUUGAGGUUGGACCGAAGCAAGCGGCACAAAAUAACCUUCGAGCUUCAGGGAGUCCAUGUCGAUGCGAUUCUGUUUCCGCCCGGUUCUGGAGAGACGCAAAGCUCGAUCGACGUCCGUGUCCAUACGCUCGAGGUAUUCGACCACGUUCCGACAUCGACAUGGAAGAAAUUCGCAACGUAUGACAAGGAUGCGGGAGAGCGGGAAAUGGACACAAGCAUGGUCCGCAUCGAGCUUCUCAACGUCAAGCCGAACCCAGACCUCGCUGCGUCGGACAUCAUUUUGCUGGUCAACGUGUUACCUCUCCGGCUCCAUGUGGACCAAGAUGCGCUCGACUUCAUCACGCGCUUCUUCGAGUUCAAGGAUGACGCUGUGCCGGUGCACAGCUCGCCUAGUGAUGUGCCGUUCCUCCAGAGAGUCGAAGUGAUGGAUAUCCCGGUGCAGCUCGACUUCAAACCCAAGCGUGUCGACUACGGGGGGCUCAAGUCCGGUCGGACAACAGAAUUCAUGAACUUCAUCAUCCUCGAUCAGGCGCACCUCACUCUGCGCCAUACGAUCAUUUACGGGGUGUCGGGGUUCGACAGGAUGGGCAAGACGCUGAACGACAUCUGGAUGCCGGACGUGAAGGAGACGCAGCUCCCCGGUGUGCUGGCCGGCCUGGCUCCCAUUCGGAACCUGGUCACGAUCGGCAGCGGCUUCAAGGACCUCAUCGAGAUCCCCGUCCGAGAGUACCAAAAGGACGGGCGCAUCUUCCGCGGCAUCAAGAUGGGUGCGACGGCUUUUGCGCGCACGACGGGGACGGGGGUGGUCAAGCUCGGUGCCAAGGUGGCGAUCGGCACGCAGUCGGCGCUUCAGGAGGCGGAGGGACUGCUCUUGUCGAAGCCGGCGGCGGCGGAGGCGACGUCGUGGGACGGCGACGAUCCGAGCGACACGGACGAGCAGCCGAAGAAGAUCAGCCUCUACGCCGAGCAGCCGAUGGGUGUCAUCCAGGGGCUCCGUGGCGGGUAUGCGGGCCUCGCUCGUGACUUGAACCUGGCCCGAGACGCCAUCAUUGCCGUUCCUGGCGAGGUGAUGGAGAGCCAGAAUGCAAAAGGUCUGGCCAAGGUGAUGAUGAAGCGCGCGCCGACGAUCGUGUUCCGACCCGUCAUUGGAGCGAGCAAGGCCAUCGGUCAGACACUGAUGGGGGCGACCAAUGCACUCGAUCCGGAGAACCGCCGCAGAGUGAGCGAGAAAUAUAAGCAGUACUCAACUUCUGGCGGUAUUUGAAGAAGCAAGCCCCCUGUCUGUAUCUUUUGCUCAGCGCGGUCGGUCGCAAUGAAAUCAGCCAGGCGUUUAUCUCGCCGCAUCGUUAUUGUGUUCUUAUUUUCUUCUCUGUUUUUCUCUCCUUUUCCCGGUCUACUGGGCGGAUAUCUCUCAUGACAACGUGGACCAUGAACAGGGCAGCGUUGCAAUUUUUUGUUUCUUUUCCUUUUUUUCUUUCUUUAUUUAGAACAGGGCACAUGGGAACAGGCUGGUCGGCGAUGGAGGUGUUCUCGAUCUCUGGUGUAAUAAUGCUACUUUUUACACUCCCAUUUCCUUUUAUUCUCCCGUUUCUUCUGCUUCUCUUCCUUUUGCCGCUUUCGUUUAUUUUGCACCCGGACUGGACAACGAUACCCUAGAGAAAGACGCAUUCUGCUCUCCUUUUUGUUUGCCGCCUGCGAGAGACAUCCUGGUGACGAGCAUGGCCUGAGGUAGAAAGGGGGCGGAAGAGUGUAGGAUGGCACGG